AUGGAGAUGGGGCCGCGAACGGAGGACACAUCCGAGUAUCCUUCACAGCCUUCAGUAUCCCAGCAUGCACCGCGGCAGCAGUCAGAUGUUCGAAAACACGCAGCAAAAAGCCCGUCCGGAGAGCGGAGAAAAACAUCCUCCAGUAUGAGGACACAACACACUGCAGGGGCCACAGAACUGUUGGCUGACAAGAUGCUUGUGAUUCAUAAAAUGGGUCAAAUGCAGAUGACAAAAAACUUAGAAAAUCAGAACCAGCAACAAAACGAGACGAUCCGAAACUUAGAAAAUCAGAACCAGCAACAAAACGAGACGAUCCGAAACUUAGAAAAUCAGAACCAGCAACAAAACGAGACGAUCCAAAACUUAGAAAAUCAGAACCAGCUACAAAACGACACGAUCCAAUACAUAGAGAUUCAGAACCAGCAACAAAACGAGACGAUCCGAAACUUAGAAAAUCAGAACCAGCUACAAAACGACACGAUCCAAUACAUAGAGAUUCAGAACCAGCAACAAAACGAGACGAUCCAAAACUUAGAAAAUCAGAACCAGCUACAAAACGACACGAUCCAAUACAUAGAGAUUCAGAACCAGCAACAAAACGAGACGAUCCGAAACUUAGAAAAUCAGAACCAGCAACAAAACGAGACGAUCCGAAACUUAGAAAAUCAGAACCAGCAACAAAACGAGACGAUCCAAAACUUAGAAAAUCAGAACCAGCAACAAAACAAGAGGAACCGAAACUUAGAAAACAACUCAUUAAAUCAUAACAACGAACUGUUAGAAGAACAGAUCGAGAGGGUCUGCUUGCAGCAGGAGUCGCUGGAGAAAGUUCAGAUGAGGUGUGAUGAAGCACAAGGUGAAGUCUGCCCACACCUACGAGAUCUGAAGGAGGAACGUCAACAACAUGCUCAGCUGAAAGACCCAUUCAGAGUUCCUCAAAGCUGUCACCGAGCUCAACCAAGAGAAGGUGAAUUUGAAGGAGGAGCUCGAAAUGUUGACGACAGGAGUCGGUUCCUCAGGCUUUCGGGAAUUUAAAAAAAAAAUCUUAUAAGAAGCGCAUGUCCGAAGAUCUGAAAAGUGUGGAGAACAGGUUAUCGGAGGUGUAGAGAGACAGAGAGACAACGACAGAGGAUCACAGAACUGUUGGAGGAGAUGGAGAUUCUCUGUGAUGAACAUGAAAAGAUCAAACAGGAGAAAACACAUCUGCAAGAGCAAAUCCAGCAGAUGUGUGAAGAGCUGCAGAAAGCCCACGCCGAGCUGGAGAGCUCCACGAAGACGUUAGCCGAGGAGCAGAGGAGAAACCAACUUCUCACACGACUGAAGGACAAAUACGAAC